GAUGUAAUGAACUAAGGGAAUUAGACUUGACAGACCAAAGAGAAAGUUUAACUCAUUUGCAUGUUGGUGAUAAUAAUUUUCCUAAGCAAGAGGAAAUAUAUAACAAGUUUAACGGAAGUUUAGAACCUCUGAAAAACAUGAAUAAGUUAAGUACCCUCCACAUUGAAAAUACUAAUAUUAAUUCCGGUUUAGAGUAUCUGCCAGAAAGUAUUAAUCAUUUCGGAUAUGGCGACGCUGCUGAUGCGGUAAGACAAGAAACUAAGGGUAGCAAUAAAUUUGAAGAAGCCAAGCGAAAAGUCGAUAAUAAGAAAGAU